UGGCCACCUUAUUAAAAAGUAACCACCAUGACACCUCAGUGGUUCCUUAAAUAAUAGCCUUGCUAACGGUACAAAUUAAACUCAAUGGCCAUUGAUGUGCGAAGGAAGACCGUGCACUUUUGACCGGGAAACCCCGUUUGACCGCCAUUUUGUAAGACAUCCCGGAAGUGGUAUACAGAAGGUGAACUUAUAAACAAGUCUAGCUAGCAAACUACCUCAGAUAGCUAGCGUAUUUCUCUUUUCGAGUGUGAAGGAUAGUAAUAAUAUUUUUGUCUAUUGAUUUUUGUAUAUGGUGUUUAAUAAUUACAGCUAACACCACGUAGAUUUGGUUACCGGAAUUUGAAGAGGAAACCAUAGCUAGUUACAUAGCUAGCAUUAUUUGUCUCGUAUGUUACUAGCGAGCUAGUUUGCAUCAAUAUCGCGACGAUUUCCACAGAUACAACAGCAAGCGUGCAGGUCUCCAAUGGCAGACGACUUUGAUAUCGAGGCAAUGCUUGAAGCGCCUUACAGGAAGGGUGACAGCAAGUCCUAUAGUGCAAAUGGCUAUGAGGAGCACAGCAGGAAGAAAAGGCACAGUCGGAGUCGAAGCCCGAGUGCCGAACGCCGCAGGAGUAGGAGCAGAGAGCGCAAGAAGGGCAGAGACAAGCGUAAGAGCCGCAGCCGGGAGAAGAAGCGAUCACGUAGCAGAGAGCAGCACCCUUCUCGAAGUCAUGAAAGGCAUGGACGUUAUAGAGGUCACAAAAGCCCCCACCGCAAACGCUCUCGAAGCAAGAGCCCAUUUAAGAAAGAGAAGAGUCCAAUAAGGAAACCUAUUGAUAAUCUGAGUGCGGAGGAGAGAGAUGCCCGCACGGUAUUCUGCAUGCAGCUGGCUGCCAGAAUCAGACCCAGAGACCUGGAGGAAUUCUUCUCUGCUGUGGGCAAAGUGCGUGAUGUGAGGAUGAUUUCAGACAGAAACUCUCGCAGAUCUAAGGGUAUUGCAUAUAUUGAGUUUGUGGAGGCCACCUCCGUGCCCCUGGCUAUUGGACUGACAGGGCAGAGGUUGCUGGGAGUGCCGAUCAUCGUUCAGGCCUCGCAGGCCGAAAAAAACAGAGCAGCGGCAGCGGCAGCAGCCCUUAACUUGCAGAAAGGCAACGCGGGGCCAAUGCGGCUCUAUGUGGGUUCCCUGCACUUCAACAUCACCGAGGAAAUGCUCAGAGGCAUAUUCGAGCCAUUUGGGAGGAUUGAAAGCAUCCAGUUGAUCAUGGACAGCGAGACGGGCAGGUCAAAAGGUUAUGGCUUUAUAUCGUUUGCAGAUGCUGAAUGUGCCAAGAGGGCCCUAGAGCAGCUGAACGGUUUUGAGCUGGCUGGCCGGCCCAUGAAGGUGGGUCAUGUGACGGAGCGCUCAGAUGGCUCAUCAGCCAGCUCUUUCUUGGACAACGAUGAGCUGGAGAGAACAGGCAUCGACUUGGGCACCACGGGCCGCUUGCAGCUGAUGGCCCGACUUGCAGAAGGUACAGGGCUGCAGAUUCCUCCAGCCGCAAAGCACGCUCUGCAGAUGAGCGGCUCUAUUCCGUUUGGUAACCUUCCUGGAGUGAUCUCUGCACCAAGCAUGAACCAGGCCAUGAACCUCCCCACCCAACCCCUGGCAACUCACUGCCUACAGCUUUCCAACAUGUUCAGCCCACAGGGAGAAAACGAGCCUGGCUGGGAUAUAGAGAUUCAGGAUGAUGUCAUUGAAGAGUGCAAUAAACAUGGAGGCGUUGUUCAUAUAUAUGUAGACAAGAAUUCUACUCAAGGUAACGUGUACGUGAAGUGUCCGUCUAUUCCGGCCGCCAUGGCUGCUGUCAGUGCCCUACAUGGACGCUGGUUUGCAGGCAAAAUGAUCACCGCUGCCUAUGUACCCCUCCCAACCUACCACAACCUGUUUCCUGACUCAGUCACAGCCAUACAGCUGCUGAGACCCACACGCCGGUGAUCCACACUUCUGCUGCACAGUCCAAUUCUUCUGACUUCUCUCUGUCUCUGCAUAACCCGGAGAUGCAAACAUCAGCCUGUCCUUUUUAGGACAGCUGCUGUCUGUCCCUGGAGGUCCAUAGCACAUUCUAGAUCUCAGAGGUGCACUGUUGCCUGAGGAUGUAGAUAAAAGCUGGCUGGACUAGGUUAGCAAAAAAAAAAAUAAUAAUAAUGAUGAUGAUGAUGAUAAUAAAGGCCCUGGGCAGUCAACCUGGUUGUAUUCAGCUGUCUGGGAUCACUUUGUUUUUAGCUUUUUUGUAAUCACACUUUCAUUUUGUAAAGAACUCUGCAAUUAAAAUGGCUUUAAAAAUAA